AUGAGAGCCCCUUCUUUGGCCUUCGCGGCAUUGGCUUCUUCAGGCCCAUUGGCCUCUGCCCUUGCGCCUGGACUCAAGGUCGCACUUACACUGGAACGGGCAACCCAGGGCAUCAGCAUCUCCUCGGAUGGACGCAAAUUCCUAACGCAGAGAUAUUCCACCACGGACGCGCCGCAGGCCGUGGAACUCCUCAGCAACGGAACGACGGUCCCCUACCCCGACGCCACGUGGAACUCAUGGACCUCCAACUCGACCCUAGAUCCAAAGAAGGCCUUCGUCAGCAUCGACGGCGCCCGUAUCGGCCCCGACGGACGGUUCUGGAUCGUCGACGGAGGCACUACCGACAGCGACCGCAAGCUCGUCAACGGGUCCAGCAAGCUUGCUGGCGUGAACCUCGAGACCAACCUGGUCGAUAAGGUUUACUACCUGGACAAUCUUACCGACACCGGCAGCGUCAUCGACGAUGUUCGCUUCAACGGAGACUACGCGUACCUCAGCGACACGGCGGGGGCGCUCGUGGUGAUGGACCUCACGACAGGAGAGGGCAAACGAGUUCUUGUGGGCCACAGCUCCGCCGUGGCAUGGUUUCCGAUGGCCUAUAACGGCAGUCUUGUCCCGGGAUACCAAGGAGACGGGAGCACCUUGUCCGUGGGCCUCGACCAGAUAGAAGUAUCGCCUGAUGGCGUGUAUCUCUACUACCAGCCCUGCAACGGCGGCAUGUACCGGAUCAAGACGGAUUAUGUCAACGGGGCUUUGACGAACGACACCCUUGCGGUGAACUUGGGCGACUACGCGGAGCCUUUCGCUCUCACCCCCAGUACCGGCGGCACAACCAUUGACGGAGACGGGAACAUUUACGUCAGCGAUACCAAUCUUCUUGCUAUCUGGAAGGUGAAGCCGGACGGCUCUUCUUCUAUUCUUGUUCAGGAUGAUGCGUUGGUCUGGACGGAUCUGAUGUGGGUUGAUGCGGACAAGAACCUCUGGCUUCCCGCCUCCCAGAUGAGACCUGGCGCGGAUGGACUGAUGGCGGAUGGGCCGAACUACAUCUUUACCUACCCCAUUGAAGCCGGUCCGUCUGCAAUUGACCACGCAUAA